GUUGCAGGCAUCAUUUGUAGCAUGGCAACCGCAGUCCGAGGAUGUGUAUUUUGUGGUAUUAUACACGGUCAACGUGACAAACAUUUGAAAGCAUCGGAGAAUGCUGUGUUAAUUCAAGACAGAUCACCGCAUGCACCCCAUCAUUAUCUAAUACUCAGCAGACUGCAUAUUAAUCGAGCAAGUGAUUUGACAGUUGUUGAUCUUCCUCUCGUAAAAGAAAUGGAUCGCCUUGGACGAGAUUAUUUGCGCGAAACGUUAAAGGGAAAAGGUGAAGCUGAUACUGUGGAAGAUUUGCUACGAAUGGGCUUCCAUUGGUCAGUAUUUGUUACUGUACGCCAUCUUCAUAUGCAUCUACUAUACCCGACGCGAGAGAUGAAUUUUUUGUAUCGGGCAGUAGUAUUUCGAUCGGGACGAUUUUUCCGCACAACAAAAAGUGUUAUCGACAAUUUGGAAAAGAAAAGAAAUGCUUGUGGCCAAAGGGAUCCAACCAAAGAGGUGAAAAGUGGUCCUUCUGCAAGCGGUCAAAAUGAUUCAUCAGUAAAAAACAUAACAGAUACAACGUAAUUUUUAUCUCCCAGUCUGAUGUAAUCCUAAGCAAAAAUUUGC